AUGAGUACCGUCAAUUUCGACAUGGACAGCGUCGAGGCGUGGCGCCAGAAGAAGAUCGUGGAGCAGCUGGAGAGCGCCAAGGGCAACGGCACCUCGUGCAUCACCAUCAUCGUUCCCCCCAACUACCAGAUGUCCAACAUCAGCAAGCUUCUCACGAGGGAGCAGGGCGCGGCCUCCAGCAUCAAGAGCCGCGUCAUGCGCAACUCGGUCAUCGAGGCCCUGAAAUCGAUCCAGCAUCGCGUGAAGCUCAUCUCGCGCCCCCCGCCCAACGGGCUGGCGAUCUUCUGCGGCACGGUCAUG